AUGGACUGGGACAAACAUAUUCCCGAAAUUCUAUCGGUUUUAAGAAGCGAUUACUAUACGUCGAUUCAGAGCUCGUCAUACUACGCGUUUUUUGGACCAAAUAUGAUACAACACGCGUCAGCCUAUAACAUACUGGAAAAACUUGGUAGCCUAAGACAAGACGAAGUCGCGAUUACAAGCAAAGCUGACAAGCUAGCAAACAUUCGCGAACACAUACGGAAGAACCUUGAGCAAGCGCAAGACAGAGCAGUCAACACGUACAACAAACGUACGAGGGUUGUGAAUUACCGGGAAAGACAAGAAGUAUUCCGGAACUUUGCUCUUAGUAAUUUCAAGCAAGGCAUAAAUGCUAAGUUCUUGCCGAAAUACAUCAAGUGUCGUAUUCUGCGAAACGUAGGCAAUGCUUUGUAUGACUUAGAGAAUUUGAAUGGCAAACCGAUGGAUAGGUUUCAUGCAUCAGACAUCCGGCCGUGA